AUGGGUGACCGAAGCAUCGACGAGGCGACCGUCGGCUGCUCAGAUGAUGCAGAAACACGUUCGUGUCCCGGUGACUUGCGAUCAGAUCAUUCGUCGAAACCAACAAGGAGUAAAUGGAGCCACAUGCGACAGGCGUCCCAAGGAGUACCACCCCGCCACAUGGAGAAGGCACUUCGAAGGAAAGAAUUCCAAUUGCCAGCACAACAACACGAGCUGAUCGAGCGUGAGAUGACGGUUCUGACUGAGGAGUCCCAGUGUGGACUGGGCAAGUACAGACCGAGAUGGUUGCAGUGGUUGGGCAAGCAGUUGCCAAUGAUCGUGCUCUUGUGUGUUUACUGUAGUAUACAGGUUAGUUUGGGUCUCAUCGUCAAUGGCUUGGUCCCUUCUGCGAUCUCUUCCAUCGAACGCCGUUUCAAGUUCAGUACUAGUCACAUGGGCAGAAUUGUGCAAUUCUACGACUUUGGCUAUGUGCUCCUCUGCAUUCCGGUGUCCUAUUUCGGAGGUCGACACAGUAAGCCAUUUGUACUCUCUCUUGGUCUGGCUUGUAUGGCCCUUGGAUCCUUGAUCUUCUCAACUCCGCAUAUCAUGUCUGACUCCUACUCGGCUUCUCAAUCCAACAUGUCGUAUGGAACGUGUUCAAUUGACAAUGUUCUCCACAACGAUGUGACGUCACCUGAAGCGCUUGCCCAAACAGCAUGUCAAAGUGAGAACCAGGCACAACACUCAUCCAGUAACUUCUACUUCUACCUUUUCUGUCUUGCACAUUUCUUACACGGUGUCGGAGCAACCCCAUUGUUCACAAUCGGAGUCUCUUAUAUCGAUGAAAAUGUUGGAACGGCCAAAUCUUCUUUGUUUGUUGGAAUCUUCUAUUCGUUUGCUGUUUUCGGACCGGCUAUUGGUUUCCUCGGGGCAUCGGUGUCUCUGCAGUACCAUACCGAUUUUUGGCAUCUUCCUCCAGAGCAGAUUUUGAAAGUAUCAUCCGGUGAAACCGAUCCGACUUGGGUUGGCGCUUGGUGGCUAUCCUUCAUUGUUGCCUCUUUUGUCGGAUUCGUUGCAGUUCUCCCGUUGGCCUCCCUCCCAAAAGUUCUCCCGGAAUCUCUGAAAUUCCAUCGUACUCGUCUUCACGAUGCCGCCGUUCAAAAUCGUCGUCGGACACCAGAAUGUUGUGGAAUGCCCGGAUCCAAUAAAACCGCUGCUUUGAAUAGCGAUGCUCCCUUGCCAGAACAAGCAUCUCUGCUCUACUCAUCAAUUCCAUCCCGUGGAUCUGGACCUUUUUGGUACAAAAUCUGGUUGGACGUCCGUCACAUUCCAAUUGCCAUCUACCGUAUCCUCACUAACUGGCUCUUCAUGAUCAUCACCCUAGCCAUGGCUAUCGACAGUUUGGUGGUUACUGGUGCCUCAUCAUUCAUGUCCAAAUAUCUCGAAAGACAGUUCAGUGUCCGACCAAGCAAAGCCAACUUGCUCAUCGGUUGCGUGAUGGUGCCAAUGGCCGGAAUGGGAUGUAUGGUGACUGGAGGAAUAGUCAAUCAUUUCCGUUUGAACAGCAGCAAGAUGCUCAAGUUCGCCAUUGGACUCAUCUUCCUGUCGCUUCUCUUCUCGCCAAUGUACUUGAUCUACUGUCCACACGCUCCAUUGGUCGGAGUGGACUCUGAGUAUCCGGAUUCUGAAGGCUCUGUGCCAGACUACAACAAUGCUACCUUCACAAAGGAUGCAGAAUUGACAAACACCUGCAACAAGCAAUGCACAUGCGAUCCCUCUGAGUACCGACCGGUGUGUGCGGAACUAGAGGAUGGUCGACAAUUUACCUACUACUCUCCAUGUUACGCUGGAUGUGCCGAAUCCUAUUCUGCUUCUCUGAAGGAAUACACCCAAUGCAGUUGUGUGCCAAACAACACUAAAAACCAUCCUCGAAUUGUUAAGAAAGGCGUUUGUGAGCCUCAGUGCACUGAACUCCUCUGGUUCCUUCUCCUCUUCGCACCACUCUCUUUCUGCACGUUUGCCGUUGCAGUGCCAAUCAUUUCGGUUAUUCUGAGGACUGUCGACUACAAUGAGCGCUCGUUUGCACUUGGUAUCCAGUGGAUUAUGAUUAGAGUCAUUGGCACGAUUCCUGCUCCAGUUUUAUUUGGAUGGAUGUUUGAUGUCUCGUGUAUCAAGUACCAAACCGACUCGUGUGGAGACUCGAGUGGCGGAUGUCUGAUGUAUUCGAAUCAAUAUUUGGCGAAUCUUUUCUUGACUUUUACAAUCAGCGGACAGGUUAUUACAUUGGGAAUCUUGAUUGUGGUUCUGAUGAUUUUCGGUAACGUCCUUAAUGAUGACGCGUCUCAUAACGUACUCCCACCGGGGGAUCAUCAGAUGGAAGAAGCGAGUCUGGUCGAGAGGAAAGAGCUCGAGCCUGAUGAGAAGACCACCUUGACGCAGUAA